UUUUGCACAGCUUGUCCAUCUUGUUAGUCCUGUGCCAGCUACAGCAUGCAUGUCUGCCUAUCUGUUGUUUUGUGGCUUCGUGUCUGACAUCUCACUUUGAUCUCCAGCAUCUGCUGCUCUUCAGCAACUCCUUCAGUACCGUGCAAAGAGGGCACAGAUUCGGCUUAAGACCCCUUGGUGGGUCCUGAACCAAAGAUCUACAGCAGAUGUUCUAACUUUCACGAUGGGUGUAAAUCAGCCUUCAUUCUGGAGGGAAAGGCCCCAGCCGAGUCCAGCAAGGGGGAUGGAGGUGGCGGGAAUUCUGGUUCCCUCAGCCCUGGCCCUGCUGCUCUGCUAUUGACCCAGGCAGAGAUCCCCGGGCCCUGGCAAAGCGAGAGCCUGCUGGCAGAGUCCUGGUCCACGAUGGGCGACGUGGACCCUGAGGACACUAAGAGCCUGGACAGCAAUGACGGGGCGGUUCUGGCCGGAGAGGAGAACCAUUCCUCCAACUCUGACAUGGUCCACCUGGAGCGAGAGGAGGCUGAGAUGCUUGAGGAGGCAGAGAAGGAGGCCGCAGAGGAGGAGAGGGUGAGGAGAACAGAGGAAGAGGAGGAAGAAGAUGAGGAGCUGCAGACGAGUGUGUUGAGUGUUUUAGGCGGUGAGAGGGAGCUGGUUGAGCUCAGGGAGGAGGAGGAGCAGGACCUCCAAGCCCCAGAAACUGAGGGGCUCCUGGUGUCAUCAGAGGAGCCUCACAUGGAGAGGGAGCCUGCAGAGUUCAGGCAGGUGGUUCCCCCGAUGGCCCUGCCUCCUCUGCCUAUCGUCAGGUUCGAUCCCCCCUCCACAACAUCCACCCCGGUCCCUUCAACCACAGCCUCUGAAGCUGAGGAGCUUUAUUCUUCUCAGGGUCUCCACCCUCCAUCUAUCCUUGCACCAAUAGCAGCAGAGCCGCAGACAGAAAGUCUCGAGCAACUAAAAUUCUCACAGAUUCCCCUCUCAGAUGUGGAGGAACAUUCAAUUGAAGCCUCUCAAGCAGCACCAGAAAAGCUGGAGCCCACUGCUUUACCAAAGACUACCAAACCUCUGAGCUCCACUGAGCUGAUAUGUGGAGGUGCUGCUUUAGUAGCCAUUGUUGGAGUAGUGGCAUAUGGUGCUGUGGCCUACUGCAGAAAGUAGAAAACCACUCACUUAAAACCAAUCACCCUUUCAACACAGGGCUUUUGUUUAAAAAUCUAUUCCAACUGAAAUAUUCCACUUCACUCUCUGAAUUCAGGAUCUUACUCUCUUUGACACUCUUUGUAUUGUAGUUAUUAAUUGACACAUCAAUUAGAUUUUUCUGUUUCGUUUUGUCCUACCUCAGCUCACAGCAGAGCUCAUGGCCUUUGUUUUUCUGGAUACAAUAGAUCUCAGAGGAAACUUAGCAAAAUGUAAACCUGAGAAUGUAAAAUCAUGUCAUUUUAAAGAAUCCUGAAACUUGAAA